AUGCGUUUCUCCGUUGUGGCUCUGGCUCUCGGGCUCGCCGCUGCGGCCACCCAGGGAAUCGUUCAGACGCCAGAAGGCGGUCUUCUCGAGCCUAGGACAUUUGGAUAUCUGGACAGGAUUAUCGGAGAAAUCCCAAGGUGUGGCCUGAAAAAGCUCAAAGGAAAGAAGAUUGCGUUCUUGUGCAAAAAGGCCAACAAAGUUGGCGACAUUGGCAAGUUCUGUGACGGGUUGAAGCUCAACCAUCAUUGGCGGAAGAAGCUAAAAAUCUUUCUUGAAAAGAAAUGCAAUGUACUUGGCCUUCCAGUAGAUGUCCCGCGGACCGAACAGCCAUUCACUAAUAUCACGGAUUACAACGCAGACAAAGACCACUCCUCCGGCUCAAACAUCUACCUCUUCCGCACUCACUCUGCCCCCUCCGGGCUCCUCUGUGCCUCCGCCAGAAUCUCAAGUUUCAUCGGCCACUUCUCCGCCUCCAGGGACUUUGACUUCACCCCCCGGGAUCCCGACCUCAACUCCAGAGACUUUGACUACAUCCCCAGGAACCCCCACCACAACUCCAGUGACGGCCGUCCCAGAAACCAGCUCCGUCCCGGGGACCAUUCCGGGGACAAUUCCGGAGACAACUCCUCCAAAGACCUCUUCUCCAAACACUGA